ACGUAUGUCACUUAAACGUCACUUUCUCCCUAGUUAACCUCAAAGUGGGUGGGAUCUUGUGCAACUAUUUGAAGGUUUCGCGUGGUUUUUACCCAAAAAAAUGUCAGCGGCUCAAAUCUUCAAUAGAAUCGGUCAGGUAGGCUUGGGAGUAGCCCUCGCUGGAGGUGUUGUGAACUCAGCCCUAUACAAUGUGGACGGGGGGCAUCGUGCUGUUAUCUUCGACAGAUUCGCCGGCAUUAAGAAGCAAGUGAUUGGAGAGGGCACGCAUUUUUUCGUCCCAUGGGUUCAAAGGCCCAUUAUCUUCGACGUCCGAUCCAGACCCAGGAACGUGCCGGUCGUCACUGGAAGCAAAGAUCUGCAAAAUGUGAACAUCACCCUUCGUAUUCUGUUCAGACCUGUGCCAGAUCAGCUGCCGAAAAUCUACACUGUUCUUGGCCAGGACUACGAAGAGCGCGUACUUCCAUCCAUUACAACGGAAGUGCUCAAAGCUGUGGUUGCCCAGUUUGAUGCAGGCGAGUUGAUCACACAACGUGACCUGGUGUCUCAGAAAGUCAGCGAAGACCUGACUGAAAGAGCCAGUCAGUUUGGUGUUAUUCUAGACGACAUUUCCAUCACCCACUUGACUUUCGGCCGGGAGUUCACUCAAGCUGUUGAACUGAAACAGGUGGCGCAACAAGAUGCAGAAAAGGCCCGAUUCCUGGUGGAAAAGGCCGAACAAACCAAAAAGGCCACGGUUAUCUCCGCCGAAGGUGACGCUCAAGCUGCUAUUCUUCUGGCCAAAGCUUUUGGGGAUGCCGGUGAAGGUUUGGUGGAACUCAGAAGAAUCGAGGCGGCCGAAGACAUCGCCUAUCAACUAUCGCGAUCUAGACAAGUUUCGUAUCUUCCAAGUGGUCAGAACUUGCUGAUGAAUGUCCCCACUCCAGGCAAUUAGAGCCCGUGGGAAUGAUACAGAUAAAUUCCCAGUAACUUGAUCAUUUAUUGAACUGUGUUGAUUGGUUGGUGAACUGAAUAGAAAACAAAGAGGUAGUAAAUAAGUUGCUCCUAUGUUAUGAACUACUUCUUCAUUUAAUGCUAAGAUUAAUACUUACUUAGUUUGUUACAGAUAUUUUAUAAUAAAGAAAUGAAUGCCAGUGA